UCUCUCUCCACGUUAGGCAUGCACCGAUUUCGAUUAAAAUUCGAAUAAUCGAACUUCGAUUAUUCGAACCUUCGAUUAUUCGAACCUUCGAUUAUUCGAACCUUCGAUUAUUCGAAAUCGAAAAUAUUCGAACCUUUUUUAUGUUUCUGGCAAAAUACUAGAGCGACGUGAGAGUUCAGAUUAUUUGUGUAAAGUGUAAAAUGAAGUUAAGAUGGAUCUUGAUUAGGCAUGCAACGUAAAGGUUACCAUUACCGUUUUACCGGUUUUCGUCUGUGCUAAAACCGGAAAUAGAACUGUCGGUAAAUGCUCGCAUAGAGCUUCAGGAAUCUGGUUCUUAGCAUAUCAACGGUAUUAAACAGAAACACGGUAAAAACCAUCUGGAUCAUUCUUAGCAAUUUUUGAUGAUAGCAUCCAAGUGUCAGACUUUUACGACAGCACAAACGAAGACGAUAACGCUGCAUAUUCUUUAACUUGAUUUCUUCUUUUCUUAAAACUGUUGUGCUAUGUGACCUACAAUAAACUUUCAAAAUAACUUACGCAUGCGUGAAAGACGUAUUCUUUUAAAGCCAACAAUUUCUCUUCUAUUUAUACAGUCUUGAUAUCUAUAUUCUACUAAAAUCUUCGUGUUCUUUAUUUUUCUCGUCGAUGUACAGACACUACUAUAUCUAUCUACAACCAGACAUGUGCGCCGAUAAAAAAUUUUCGGCGGCGGCGAAUGAAACUUUUACCAUGGGCGGCGGCAGCGCGAGGCUAUGAAAACUUCCUCCGCCUUCGGCGGCGGCGUGUAAAUAUUAGUCAUCGGCGGCGAAUCUCAUAAUUUAACUUCUAAAACGAGAACCUUUUUAAAGUUCUCGUUCUCUUUCAUUUCUGGCACGUUCUUCGCGCCCUGACUGUGUCUGUACGUUGCAGUAUACGAAAAGAUAGAAACGCGUUGCACGCUAGAUGCCUAAGGUAAGAACGUACUAACAAAAAUAGUCAAAAUUUUCUCCGCCCUCGGCGCCGACAAAAGUUCAACAACAUGGCGGCGGCGGCGGAAGUCAGAACAGUUUUUCUCCGCUGUCAGCGGCGGCGGCGAAAGUCGCAAUAAUUUUUCUCCGACUUCAGCGGCGGCGGCGAAUCGGCGAACCGGCGCGGCGGCGCACAUCUCUGUCUACAACACGACUGACACAUUAAUAGAACAAAAAAUAAUAAUGAAAUAUCUCUCUCUCUCCACGUGCUAACUGCCAUACUACAAUAAAAAAGUUCGCUACAGACGCACAGUAUUUCGACAAUUGUUCUGUAUGGGCAUAUUUUUGAAAACCUCGUUUAUAGCUUAUUUUGAAGGCCAGAAAAUUUUCUAUUUUACUAUGUAUGCGCUUUGCUCAAGGACUUUGAAAUCGGAGGAGAAAUUUGCGGAAAACGGUAAAUGGCUUUUGUUGAACUUGUGGCGAAAAAUGAAAUGUAAUUUUUUUUUCAAAGACACCAGAAGGAUUUUUUGAAAAUGGGAAGUGUUGGGAGGUGAAAAGGGAAGCAUUUCUGAUCAUUUCCACUCAAAAUCAUAUUGGGCGAUCUUCUAGCAGAAACCGUUUCCCGUCCUUUGUAUGCAACUCUAAAAAUGAAAUAAUCAUUUUUUUUCCUUUGAAAGAAUUAAACACGGCAGCAGUUUAACAUCAAUAAUUGUAUUGCGGGAAAGCCUUUUCUGGACCUGUGGGUUUCCUUCGCCACACAGAAGAUGCAAGUAGAGAAUUAUUUAUCAUCUAUUUUUCGUUCUGUUGUAGAGAUCUAUCUGAAGUAUUGCUUACCAUGCCAGCAUCGAAAACCCGUAAAAGCACCCGUUAAAAAAACAACAACAUUUCACCUUGUGAUACCUUAUAAACAGUUUUUGAUUAAUCGUUCAGCUAUUAAUGAUGAUGAUACUACUCACACAACUCCACUGACGAAGUUUAAUACAAAAUAUGUAAUAGAUUAUUGGGUACUGCCAGAUGUUCAUUAUCUUGCGAAAAUGCUGCAUCCAAAUUUAAAAAGUUUUAACCAUACACCCGACAAAAAAUUAUAUGCUGAAAGUUUAUUGAAAAUUGCAUUUAAUAAACUGACACCAUUAGAUACAAAUGUUCAAGAUAAAACAAAAACGAAAGAUGGUAAAAAGCUAGUCAAUCCAAUACCAAAGACACUUAUUGACCCAUUAGAUGAAAUAUUUGAUAAACCGAUUGUAAAAGGUAAUUUGGUGAAACCAGAAUCACCCAAAACAGAAUUAGACUUAUAUUUAUAUGAUGAAACAAAAAUUGAAAAAGAAACAAAUAUUUUAAAUUAUUGGAAAUUGAAUGAAACUCAAUAUCCUAUAUUAGCUCAGUUAGCUAAACAAAUACUUUGCAUUCCUGCUACAAAUACGGCCAUUGAACGCUUAUUUUCGUAUAGCAGUAACACAAUCACUAAUCGUCGAACAAGAUUAGAAACUGAGCGAGUCAAUCACCUGCUGUUUAUCCAGCGUAAUUUAUCUAUAUUACGAGAAAUUUUCCCCCCAGUUGGUGAAGAAUUUAGUAAGCGAAAAAAUAGUUUACAAUCAACAUCAUCCACACCACAAUUGUCACUAACUAAACGGCAACGAACUGAUUUUGUUGGAGAAGAGGAAGAAAAUAUGGAUGAUAAUAAUGAUAAUGAUUAA